AUGUUACUGAAUAAAAGAUUUCAUAAAUUUAUAUUACCAUUAAAAAGAGAAUUGUUGUCUAUAUGUACACAACAUACUGCUGCAAAAGCAUCUCCAAUUAAUUCAUUAUUAAUUAAUCAAUUGAAACCUGUGUUUAGAUAUGCAGAUGAUUUUUCUGAAAAAUAUGCAUUGCAUGAUAUAAAAGGAGAAUACACUUAUAGGUCUCUUUUUAUCACAAGUUAUAAACUUUCAAGGGAAAUAAGCAAUUUGUUAAAUAACAAAAAAAAUGAAAGAGUCGCUUUCCUAUGUCCAAACGAUGGAAGUUACAUAAUAACACAAUGGGCUGCUUGGAUGUCUGGCCAAAUCGUUGUGCCUUUAUCGAAACUUCAUCCUCCUAGUGUUUUGGAAUACUGCAUCACAGAUUGUAAUGCUAAAUUACUCAUUACAACUUCACAGUUUUCUGACGUGUUGUCUUCCCUGAGCGAUAGAGUCAAAGCGAAACUUCUCAUAUUAGAUGAUGAAAUUAUUAAUGAAGCUGUAGUUAGAAAAGAAACUAAGACUGUUGUUGAUGUUACUAUAAAAAAUCCACACGAAGCGAAUCCUCCAUUAACAGGAGGAUUAGAUCCUGAAUUUUAUCAAAAUAGUGAUGCAAUGAUUGUGUACACAUCCGGAACAACUGGAAGUCCUAAAGGUGUUGUUUUAACACAUAAAAAUCUUCAUUAUCAAGUACAAUCCAUGAUAACAGCUUGGGGAUGGACUUCAAAAGAUGUUAUCCUUCACACAUUACCUUUACAUCACGUUCAUGGAAUUGUUAAUGCUAUCCUUACUCCAUUAUCAGUUGGUGCUAAAGUUUUCAUGCUGCCAGAAUUUAAUUGUAACGACGUUUGGUCAAAUUUAUUAUUAAUAAAAAAAGCUCCAGGUGAUAAAAUAACAAUAUUUACCGGCGUUCCAACAAUGUAUACAAAAUUAAUUGAAGAAUAUGAUAAUUUAUUUCAAAAUAAUAAAAGGCAAUGUGAAUUUAUUAAAACGGUACUAUCUCAAAAAGUAAGGCUGAUGAUAUCGGGAUCGGCACCAUUACGACCUCAAAUUAUAGAAAGAUGGAGAGAAAUAUCCGGGCAUACGAUACUCGAAAGAUAUGGAAUGACGGAAACGGGAAUGGUAUUGAGUAAUCCAUUGAACGGAGAAAGAAAACCGGGAUUUGUGGGACAACCUAUGCCAGGAGUCGAAGUUAGAAUCGCUUCGAAGGAUGAUCCGGAAAAAAUCCUAGUCGAAGGGAAUUCGAAUUCCAGCACAGUUCUAACAACAACUCAAAAAAAUUCAGAUGUUAAAAAUAUAACUGGAGAAUUACAAGUGAAAGGACCGAACGUUUUUCGAACUUACUGGAACAAACCCAACGCAACCGCCAAAGAAUUCGUAGCCGAUGAAUGGUUUAAAACAGGAGAUUUCGUCGAAUACGUUGACGGUUCGUAUAAAAUGUUAGGAAGAACAAAUGCUGAUAUUAUUAAGACUGGAGGAUUUAAAGUAAGCGCUCUCGAAGUCGAAUCCAAACUCAUUGAACACGAAGACAUAAAAGAUGUCGCUGUUGUCGGAGUUCCAGAUUUAACGUGGGGAGAAAAGGUCGCAGCCGUUUUAGUUCUAAAGUCUGAUAAGAAAUUAAGUUUGGCGGAUUUGAGAGGUUGGUGUAAACACAAAUUGGCACCCUAUGCCAUACCCACCGAAUUGAAAAUUGUCGACGUCGUACCACGGAAUCACAUGGAUAAAAUCAACAAGAAAGAUAUACUAAGAGAUAUAUUCAAAGUGAAACAAAACAAUCCGACCUGA